AUGCUCGCAACUGCCAACAUCAGGCUUCACAAGAUUGUCUCUAGUAGCAAAGAAGUCCUUGAGGCCUUUGAUCAAGACGAUAUAGUCCCGGAUCUUAGAGAAUGGGACCCAGAUAACAAUGCAGCACUUCAGCAGUCAUUAGGUGUGUAUUGGAAUGUAUUCACAGACUCGUUUACUUUUAAGGUAUCAGACACUAUGGACCGGCCUAACACCAAGAGAAGAUUGCUAUCAGAAAUAAACAGUGUGUUUGACCCGUUGCAGUUUGCCGCACCGGUGACAAUAGAAGGCAAAGCAUUGUUGAGAGAGAUGACACAAGGUGACGAUAUUGGUUGGGACGAUCCUCUGUCUCAGGAUAUCUUAUCUAGAUGGAAAAAAUCUAGAGAGUCGCUAAGUUCACUUUCCAAUCUAAGUGUAGCCAGGCCAUAUACGUUAAUGCCAGCCAUCGGGGCAACAAGACGAGAGUUGCAUGUCUUUUCAGACGCAUCAAAUAAAGCUGUAGGAGCAGUGUGCUACUUAAGAACAAGCUAUGAAGAAGUCGAUCUAGCUGCAGCGGUCCUGGAUGAACUCAGUCUUGCCGUACAUGAAACUUACUACUACACCGACAGUAAGGUAGUCUUGGGCUAUAUACGCAAUGAAGGACGAAGGUUCUAUACGUAUGUUGCCAACCGAGUGGCCAGAAUUUUGCAAUUCACUACAGCCAAACAAUGGAAUUACGUUCGGACUGAUUUAAAUCCUGCCGAUGAAGCAACAAGAUCGGUAAGAGUUUCGGAUUUACAUCGUUCUCGUUGGCUGAUGGGGGCCUCCACAUCUAGAUCAGGAAGGAAUUGUCAGGGUAGGAGGUCGGCUUGCCAAUGCAGAUAUUGUGGAUAA